ACCAGAGGGAGUAGUAAUAAAGCCACAAGCAAAAGGGGCUAUUUAAGAUGUGUGUAUGCAUAGUUGUUGUUUCCCGCUCCUCUCAUUUCCCGCUCCACACAAACCCUAACUCUCACUCUCCCUCGCAGAAUGAGCACCAAAAACCCUAACUCCUCCGAUCUCGCCUCCGAGCCCAAGAAGCGCCGCCGUGUCGGAAUUGCAAAAAUCGAUGCUGGAGUGGACCCUGCUGAUUGCAUCAAAAUUUACCUAGUUUCUAGCAAAGAAGAAGUAGAUGCUCCAGAGAGCUUCUGUGUUGAAUCAGUUGAUUUUGAGCGCUUCUUUGAGGAGGACGGGAAAAUCUAUGGCUAUAAAGGGUUAAAGAUUACCAUCUGGGUUAGCACAAUAUCGUUUCAUGCAUAUGCCGAUAUUUCAUUUGAGAGCAAAUCAGAUGGUGGCAAAGGGAUAACAGAUCUGAAAGCUUCUCUUCAGAAUAUUUUUGCUGAAACUCUUCUUGAUGAAAAGGAUAAGUUUCUUAAAACUUUUUCAGCGGAGCGUGACAUUGUUAAAUCUAUGGUUUCAAAUGCUAAGAUAGUGGAGCAUAAAGCUCCAAAUGGACACAGUGGUGAUUCAAAUAGCGAUCUGAAGUCAGAUGCUUCCAGUUUGGAGGUUGUGCGGGUUGUAGGUACAUCUGUUGGCGAAGUGUAUGUUCGCUUGGUUCCUCUCGCCAUGCUCUUAGUAGAUGGUAGCAGUCCUAUUGACAUAAUGGACCCCAGAUGGGAGCUCUAUCUUUUGAUACAGAAGAAAGUUAAUGAUCAGGAGGACACACAACACAGACUGCUUGGUUUUGCAGCUCUUUAUCGAUUUUACCACUACCCUGGGAGUGAGCGACUAAGACUCAGUCAGAUACUGGUAUUGCCUCCUUUUCAACGUAAAGGUUAUGGGCGUUUUCUUCUAGAAGGGCUAAAUGUUGUGGCAGUUACUGAAGAUGCUUAUGACCUGACAAUUGAAGAGCCACUGGACUCCUUGCAACAUGUGCGCACCUGUAUUGAUGUGCAACGCUUGCUUGCUUUUGAUCCAAUUAAAGAUGCACUGGCUUCAGUUGUGCUCAGUCUGAAACAAGAAAAUCUAUCUAAGAGAAGUCAAACUGUUCUAUUUGGGCCACCUCUGGAUGUUGUUGAAGAAGUCAGAAAGAGCUUGAAGAUUACCAAAAGACAAUUCCUUCAGUGUUGGGAGGUUCUUAUCUAUCUCGGCCUUGAUCCAGUCGACAAGUACAUGGAGAACUACAGAACCAUUAUAUUGGAUCAUAUAAAGGCAUCUGUUAUUGGUAAAGACGCUGGGGAUGCUGGGAAGCAGGUAGUUGAUGUCCCGACUGAAUUUGAUCAGGAACUGUCAUUUGUCAUGUUCAAAUCUCAAAAUGCUGAAUCAAGUAUCGUUGCGAGGGAGGAUGAUCAAAAUAAUCAAGAAGAGCAGAUCCAGCAACUAGUCAGUGAAAGAAUAAAAGAAGUUCAGUUGAUUGCACGCAAGGUAUCACAGCAGCAUCCAUGAGCAUUUUGUUGAACCUGUAACUGCAUGCUGUACCAAUACAUCCGGCAAUUAAUAUUUGGGGUUCCCAGAAAACUAUGCGGGGGUGGGGGGUAAGAUAUCAUCAGUAGGGGCUUCUGGGUAGGAUAUAGUCAGUAAAGGCUUUUCUGCACCAGUUUUAUGUAGAGCUGGCUGAGCUAUGCAAUUUUUCUUUAUUGGGAGUUUGUAUUGCUAAAGACCAAUAGAAACUUCAAGUGACAUUGAAUUGUACUUUACCUCAAUUAACUCAGCAUUUCUCAGGUUGGAUUGCUUGUAUUUGCUGCGGAAAUACAUAUUCUAUUUCUCGA